CUGGUUGGAACAAACAAAAUCCAUUACCGUACAUCAAAAACAUUGCGCGAAAUGGAGGAUCAUCAGAGCGAGAGCGAAAUCCGUGAAAUUGAAGAAACCAGCUCGAACUCAGAGCUGCAACCUCUUCUUCAGAGCCAGAACCCGAGUUCGAAUUCCAGAACAGUGAAGACGAAGGUUCCGGAGGUUGAGAUCCAUCUUUAUCGGCAGGGCAAAGGUCCGAUCGAUGUGUUUAAAUCAAGCCUUGGGGGUUGGGAACAAGACCAGCUCGAGGUCCGAGAGAUUCUCGAUAAAUACGGCUUCAAAAGCGUUUUCGCCUUCAAACCUGACUCCGGUCGUGGCGUCCCGAUUCGAUUCAACCCUAGAAAUGGUAGGUCUAUAUUGACUUACAGAGAUGGAGCCGAAAUUUACAUCGACGGAGAGCCCAAGGAUUCCCUGAUCAAACCCGUAACCCGGAUAGUUUUUGUCGUGGCAAUUAUCACCAUUUUGAUAACGCUUCUCUCGACCUCAAGAAACUCACAGGGAUGGAUGAAGAAACUAAACAUCACUGGGAACUUCCCUCCUUGGAUUCUUGCUUGCGUCGUUAUCGUCUUCACACGCUCAAGGAAGAGAACCAGGGACUUGCUAAAGAAGUACGGUUGGUGAAUCUCAUUCUCCAGGCCUAAGUUGAUUAUUGUUUCUUGAUUUGAAACUUUGGAAAUAGAAGAUAAUGAUACAAUACAAAUGGAACGUUCUUGGUCCAUUGCUAUCAUAAAUUCCCUGCCUGGAUCUUGAUCUUUUGACGUAAUGAGUUAUUAUAUAGUUUGGAUUUAUGUGUA